GUCCGACCGGUGACUCGUCCAGACAAAUGACUGGUCCAUUGUUCGCCCUUUUACAGCAUGAGGCUCUUCCGGUACCGAUGGCGAUGAAAGGGGACAGUAUAUAACUUCCCUUGUGAUGACCAGCGUAAAUUCAGUCUUCCAGCCCUAUCGCUAUGGUGCAGAUGGAUUCGGCACAGCCGAACAUACUGGGUUUCCUCCUGGCCAAUACGAUCGGUGCAUCGUCCGCCAACGCCACUUCCUCGCAUAAUGCCACAUCCACGUCCACAUCCCCAGCCUCAGCCUCCGCUGCGUCCUUCUUCUCCCUCCUCUUCUCGCCCGCCCUCUUCGAGUACGCAAAAUGGAUGCUCAUGGGCAGCCUCAUCCCCUACCUUCAGCAAAUCGGUACGUGGCUCUACGAGAAAGCGCUCUCCUCCAUGUUCGUCUCCGCCUCCUUCACUGAGGGCGACGCUGCGUAUGAUUGGAUGAUGACCUGGCUCGCGAAGCACCCCAAGUGGCGGCGCGCCCGCCAAGUCGAGGUCACCACGCGCCAUGGGUGCAACGACGGCGCGCGUGCGGUGCCCGACGACGACGACCCGCACGCCGAGGCCGGCGUGACCAAGUUCUCCUACAUCCCCUGCGUCUCCUCGACGCAGUGGAUGUUCUUCCGCGGGCACUGGAUGUCCGUGUGCCGCUCGAAGGACAACACGGGCUGGUACGGCAAGAUGGAGGAGACGCUGCGCGUGCGCAUUCUCUCGUGGGACCAGCGCGUGCUCACCGCGCUCCUGCACGACGCGCGUGCGCACUACGACGCCGACAAGCACAGCACGAUCCAUAUCUACGCGGCCGACGGCGACAACGAGUGGCGCUCGGUGGGCAAACGGCCCAAGCGCCCCCUGCGCUCGAUCGUACUGGCUCCGGGCGUGAAGGAGGACGUGCUCGCCGACGCACGCGAGUUCCUCGCGAGCAAGGAGUGGUACAACGACCGCGGGAUCCCGUUCCGCCGCGGGUACCUCCUCUACGGCGCGCCCGGGAGUGGCAAGACGAGCCUCAUCCAGAGUCUGGCCGGCGAGCUCGGGCUGAACGUGUAUAUCAUCACGCUCAGCCGCGCGGGGAUGGACGACGCGACGCUCUGCCAGCUCAUCUCCAACCUGCCCGACCAGAGCAUCGCGAUCAUGGAGGACAUCGACGCCGCCUUCACGCAGGGCAUCAACCGCGAGUCCGCUGACCCCGCUAAGCCAGCCUCCGCUGCCGCCCCGCCCCGAUCGCCGCAGGGGGAGGCGGGCGGGAGCAGAGUGACGCUGAGCGGGCUGUUGAACGCGAUCGACGGUGUGGGGGCGCAGGAGGGGCGCAUCCUCUUCGCGACGACGAACAAGUACCACAGCCUCGAUCCCGCACUGUGCCGCCCCGGGCGGAUGGACAAGCACAUCGAGUUCCGCCUCGCGAGCCGCUACCAGGCGCGCGAGCUCUUCCUUGCGUUCUACGAGCCGCCGCGGAAGCGCGAGCGGGAGGAGAGGGAAAAGGAGAAGGAGAGGGAAGGGCAGGAGAAGUGGGAGCGCGACAGCGGGUUCGAGGAGAAGCUUGUGGACGUGUCGCCGCCCUCGGAGCUGGAUGAGCUCGCGGAGCAGUUCGCGACGGCGAUACCCGAGCGCGAGUGCUCGAUGGCGACCUUGCAAGGGUACCUGAUGCAAUACAAGACGAGCCCGCGGGAUGCGGCACUGAAUGCUGCUGCAUGGGCGAUGGAGCAGAGGGAGGAGCAGAAGAGGAGGGCAGCGGGGGCGUGAUGGGAUGAGGGAGUGGUUAGGUUAGGAUAUACCCGCCUGGGUCACUUGCUCGUACGGUGGGAUGCUUUGGUGGCUUUUCGGUACGAGUGGACUCGGACAUUACUGUAUACCCUGUUGCACGCAGAUUUUGAUGUAAAAUGGUAUAACGACAAUUUACGACUCGGA